AUGCCUCCCACUAGUGUUGAUUCGGUCUCAAAUCCAUAUGAUCUUGAUGAUAGGGCAGAAACUCUCCUCAUAGCCGCUGGACUCGUCGAGGCAGGUGAAGACGACAUUGUGAUAUCUGCAUAUCCAAGCAGAGGCUAUACACCUGACAGUCAACAUAGCCAUGAUUAUUACCCAUGCCUCGGGGGCAACGCGCAUGUUGAACAUACAGACGCACCCAAACAACUCCAGGAACUCGGGCCUGAACAGGAGGUUGAUAGUAGUGGCAAAAUCCGGCCUUUAAAGCAUGGCAUACAAGGAUCUGCGGUGAAGAAAGUAAAGCUCAGUAUCACUACGACAGCGACAGAUAUCUCAACCUCAGGCAUGCAGGUGGUGCCCGCUCCAACUCAGGCCGCAGCAGAUGCAUCUUCAAGUUCUAAUGGCUUUUUCGGGGCCACAUCUGCUUCCAGUAGCAGUUGUGAUCAUGCACUCCCAUCGUCUGGUACAGCUCCGGUUCUUCAGCCAUCAACAGAGCUUCAGGAGCCUAGCAUUUUGCAUGAGCAGUCUGAACCAUCUAUACCAAUUUCUACUCCUGGUUCACAUGAUAUCCGUCCUACUCGCUCUCACCGGUUACCUAUGCAAUUUAGAGACGAGCCUCCAGUGCCGCCACCUGCAAUCCCACAGCCCGCUCCAUCUACUCUUGUCUGA